CUGUCACGUGAUGUGAGUGUUAUGUCAGGAAAAUUAGACAGGGAGUGGCGGUAGCGUUUAAACCCAAAUUCUAACUGAAAAAUUAUAAUACCAUUUAUAUGGAUUGUCCCGUGCUUCAGUAAGAUAAGAUGUCCCUUUCUACACAGCUUGAAGCAGGAGAAGAUCAAUAUGUGCUGACUGCCAGUCUUGACAAUGCCAGAAAUCUCUCCAACAUCCUAAAAGCCAUCCAGUUUAAAGAUCAUGCCACCUUUCUUGCCACAUCAAAUGGCAUAAAGGUUACAGUUGAAGACUCAAAGUGUUUGCAAGCCAAUGCAUUUAUACAGGCAGAGAUAUUCCAGGAGUUCUCCAUUCAGGAGGACUCUGUCAUGUUCCGGAUCAACCUGACUGUCCUCUUAGACUGUCUGACCAUCUUUGGUGGCGGUGCUGUCCCAGGCGUGACGACUGCCCUAAAGAUGUGCUACAAUGGCUAUGGCUAUCCCCUGACGCUGUUUCUAGAGGAAGGGGGUGUUGUGACAGUGUGUAAAAUCAACACUCAGGAACCAGAAGAGACACUGGAUUUUGAUUUCUGCAGCACAAAUGUCAUCAACAAAGUGAUCCUUCAGUCCGACAGCCUGCGGGAGGCAUUUUCCGAGUUGGACAUGACUAGUGAGGUCCUGCAGAUCACAAUGUCCCCUGAUAAACCUUAUUUCAGAUUGUCUACGUUUGGAAACUCUGGAAGUGCCCACUGUGAUUAUCCCAAGGACUCUGACAUGAUGGAGGUAUUUCAGUGCACCCAGACACAGACUAACAGGUACAAAAUGUCACUGUUGAAACCAUCUACUAAAGCCCUGUCUCUUUCCUGUAAAGUCUCAAUCAGGACAGACAACCGUGGAUUUCUCUCUUUGCAGUACAUGGUCAGAAAUGAUGAUGGACAGAUCUGUUUUAUUGAGUACUUUUGUUGCCCCGACGAGGAAGUAGGUGAACAGGAGCAAUAGCCAGACCCACACACACGAUGAGCACUGUUCAGCCAUGCUUCUGUUUUUUAAUCACAGUGUUCUGUAUUCUGGGUUUUUAUCAGGUUUACUUUUAAAUAGUUGUUGCAGGAUUUCUAAGUUUACAGUAAUUUAUAAUUAAAGCUGUUCAAUUUCAUAUACUAACUUUAACUGAUUCAAGUGUUCAUGCAAGUACAUAUCCCUGUUCUGUUAUCAAUGUGUGUUUGAUUUACUAAAAGUUAUUUUUGUAUGAAAUUCAGGACUGUGUUCAUUAUUUCACCCGAGUCCCUUAAAUGCAGGAGUGAUAAACUAUGUCUAGUGCCUUGAGAAAAUAAAAACUCAAAUACUGUGACAAGACAGGCGUAACACUGAGUA